GCAUUACUGUAAUGGCUGCCGUCAAGCGUUGUCGAUGAACUCGUUGCAAUCAAAAAUCACACAAAUACACAAAGUCAUCGUUUACUCCAAAAAAGAAAAAAAAAAAAAAAACAACAACAACAACAAUAUUAACAACAAAGCCCUAAAAUUAAAGUGUUGAUUGUUUAUUUUAAUAAUAUAAUUUAAAUAAUUUUUUUUUUGACAAUUACAUCUUGUUGUUUAUAUUAUUUGUUGAUAUUUUUAAUUAUUUAAAUAUUCAAAUAAUAAUAAAUAAUUGUGCCGAAUAUAUUUAUUGAUAAUAUAUUUUUUUUGACAGCUAAUAUGGAUUAUUAUUUUGUGAGUGGUGUGUGUUUUGGCAAGUGUUGAAAUGUCUUCCUAAUUAAUUAAUAUUUUUUCUCAUGUAAAUCAAGUUAAUUAUGAAAAAUUAAUUAUUAAAAAUAAACAAUAAUUAUCAAUCUAAUAAUAAUCUAAAUUUUUUUAUUUAUUAUUUUGUUGUUGAUAAAAUUGAAUAAAAAUAAAUUUAAAAAUUUGACGUUUUAAAUGUCAAAAAAUAAUAAACAUACAAAUGUGACAUUUUGAGUGAAAAAAAAAAUUAAUUUUCUUUAUUUUUUAAUAAUAAUGGAGUUUGAUUUUUAUCCAUCAACGUAACCAGUUUGAUGGAUAUAUUUUUUCCUUGUAAUUUAAUUCAGUAUUUUAUCUGAUUAAUUUGUCUGUGCUCAUUGUUGGUUUGUGUGUGAGUGAAUUAAACUGAGGGACAAUAAUUACCUUUGGUGCAAUGCAGCCAUUUAAUAACAGACAUAACGACUUGACAAGUCUUGUACAAUAAUAUUAAAUAUAUAAAUAAAAAAAAUAAAAAUGUUGGGUAACGUAUCAGCAUUGUCAAAUUCAUCUGUACCACAAAAUUUAAAUAAAAAUACAAUUGAAAAUACAACAACAACAACAACAUGUUUAUCAUGUUUUAAUAGUGAUGAUAAAAAUAUAUUAAUAAAUAAUGAUGAACACAUGAAAGCAUGGCGUGUUAAAAAUAAUAAAACAACAAUUGUAUCUGACAUUGGAAAAAAUACACCAAAAGAUAAUCAAAAUAUAAGCUAUCCAAAAUUAACAUCAACAACACCAGCAUCAUCUUCAUCUUCAUCUUCAUCUACAUCAACAAAACCAAUAGUAAUAUCAACAAUUCAUAAAUGUCAAUCAAAUCCAAAUUUUACAGAAUUAAAUAAUAUAAAUAAAUUAAAUAAUCAUUGUAGUGCUUCCAUGAUGAUAAAUAAUAAUAAAAUUGAUAAUAUAAAAUUUCUAAAUGAGCCAAUAAAUGAUACCUUAAUAAUGUUUAAAAAAAAAUUAAAUAACAAUAGUAAUAAUAUUGUGCCAAAUAUAAUUAAAAAUGAUAAUAAAAUUAUAAAAAUUGAUGGUGCUAAUAAUGAUUAUAAAAAAUCAUCAGCAAAUAAUAUUUAUGAAUCAAUAAAUAUGUUUAAAACAAUUGAUAAUAGACGUAAAAAUUAUAAUCGUCAAUUAUCAUGCUCAUCAACACCAUCAUCAACAACAUCAUCAACAUCAACACCAUCAAAUCAUACAAAAAAAUUAACAAAAUUAAAAUCAAAUAAUUGUAAUAAUAAUCGAGAUGAUAAAACUGCUGAAAGAGAUGAAGAAAAACGUUGUAAUGAUAAUAUACAAAAUUCAAUAAAUAGUUAUUUACCUCAAGAUUUACCAACUGAAUUUCAAUCAUCACCAACAUGUUAUAAAGAUCGUGAAAAAACUAAAGAUUUAUGGAGACCAACUGAACUUGAAGGUUCUGGUAAUUCUGGAUAUUUAUUUGAUAAAUAUCAUUCGGAUGAUGUUAAUUUAACAAUGACAACACCAGCAACAUCAACACCAUCAACUGUAUCAUCAUCCUCAUCAACAUCAUCAUCCAAAAGAAGAACUGGUGCAUCAUGUCAAGCAUUAAGACACGCUGUUGCAUCAUUAAAUCGUCUUGAUGAUUUCUAUAUGGAAAAAAUUGGUUCUGGAUUUUUUUCUGAAGUUUUCAAGGUAACACAUAAAGUAACGGGACAAGUUAUGGUGCUAAAGAUGAAUCAGCUACCUGCAAAUAGGCCAAAUAUGCUGAAAGAAGUACAAUUGAUGAAUAAACUAAGUCAUCCUAACAUACUCAGAUUCAUGGGUGUUAUUGUACAUGAGGGUCAACUUCAUGCACUGACUGAAUACAUAAAUGGUGGAAGUUUGGAACAACUGAUUAUGUCAAGACAUACGCCCCUAAGUCACCUGACAAGAAUGAACCUUGCUCGAGAUGUUGCCAAGGGCAUGGAAUAUUUACACAGUCGUGGAAUAUUUCAUCGUGAUUUGACCUCAAAAAAUGUAUUAAUUAAAAAAAAUAAUGAUAUAAAUAAUGAAUUAACAGCUGUUGUUGGUGAUUUUGGUCUUGCUGCUAAAAUACCAGAUCCAAGUUCUGGUUAUAGAUUGAGUACAGUUGGUAGUCCAUAUUGGAUGUCACCAGAAUGUUUAAAAGGACAAUGGUAUGAUCAAAGAUCAGAUGUAUUUUCAUUUGGUAUUGUUGUUUGUGAACUUAUUGGACGUGUACCAGCUGAUCCAGAUGUAUUACCACGUUCUGAUAAUUUUGGUCUUGAUUAUCUUGCUGUUGCUGAGCUAUGUGCAUCAGCUGAUCCACCACCUGCAUUUUUACAACUUGCAUUCAAUUGUUGUACAUAUGAACCAAGAUCACGUCCAUUAUUUCCUGAAAUAGUAUCAACACUUGAUAAUUUAAUAAUUGAAUUUGAAGAAAGAAAUAUUACAAGUAAACAUGAUACAGAUGAUAAUGAAUUAAUAACAAAUAUUGAUGAAUUAAUUAUGAGAGAAUCAAGAGGUAUUAAAAGACGUACAUCAAGGCUACGUAGUUUAUCAGCAGAUGGACGUGGUUGUGAUUGUGAUAUAACAACAACAACACCAUCAGAUAAAGCACGUUGUCAUUCAACAAGACGUGUUGCUGAAAUAGCUAGUCGUAGAGAUCCACAUUAUCGUCCAACAACUGAAAAUCCAUUUCAUGCAUUUGAUGGUGUUAAAAAAAUUAUUGGUGAUUUAUUUUCAAGUUGUUUAGAAUUACCAUCACUUGAAGAUGUUAGACAAAGUGGUGUUAAUGAUUGUGGUAAAUUUAAAAAUAUUAAAAAUGAUUGUAUUACUAAAAUAUUAGAUAGAAAAAAACCAAGUUCAGAACCAAGUAGUCCAACAGCACGUAAGAAAUGGGAAAAAAAGGUUACAACAAAAGUAGGUGCAGUAAAUUUAUUUGCCCAUCCUUUAUUUCGUGAAGGUUGGGAACAACCACGUCGUCGUUUAAGUUGUGAAUCUGGUUUUUGGAGUUGUGUUGGUGAAGAUUUAAGUCCAGAACCACCACAUCGUCGUCAUGCAUCAACAUUAAGUAGUUCAGCAGCAAGUAGUUUAUUUUUACUUGAUGAUCAUCGUACAAGUUCAAUAUAUACUGAUUCAUCAGAGGAUAUUGCAAGUAUUGGUGGUGGUGAUUCAGUAUGUUGGGAUGAACGUUUUAAUGGUAUAAGUUCAUCAAGUAAAACAAUAUCAAAAAUUGUUGAUUAUUUUGAAAGAAAACAAGAGGGUAUUAGAAUUGGUCAUGAGCAUAAAUAUCAAGCAAUACCAAGUAGAAUUAGUUUAUUACGAGCUAGUAUUGAUGGUAAUGUACCAAUGUGUAAUAUAUCAGCAGCACAAAGACUUGUUGUUUGUGAGGGUGCUGUUAAAAGUAAACUACCACUUUUUGAUAAAAAGUGACUUGUUCGACGCUUUCAAAAUUCGUAAAUAAUAUACCUACAUAUUUUCUUUUGAUAUUAUUUCUUUUAAAAAAAAAAUAUCUUCAUUUGUCAUCUAAAAAAUUAUAAAAAUCAUCAAUUAAUUAAUUAUGAUUGCUCUUUCGUUUUACACUUGAAAAAAUCAUCAAUUUGAGAUUUUUUUCAUUUAUAAUUAAUAUAAUAAUAUUAACCAUCUGUGAUGUAUUUCAAAGGAAAAAAAAACAAACAAACAAUGUAAUUACGAAAUUGUCCGCCAGCCUCCGUCCUCUUCCAUUUAUUUUUUCAUUUUUUUUUUAUUGAAAACUGGAGCUUUCAUAACGUGAUGAUGAUAAUGAUGAUGAAGAUUAUUAAAUUUUUUGCUUUAUUUAAAUACCAGUAUGGUUUAUUUUUGUUUACAAAAUAAACUAUGAAAAAAUUAUUAUUAUUGUUAUCGAAAUGAAAAUAGAAUCCUAGCUUUUUUUUAAGUAUUAAAAAUCGUGUUUGAAAGCGUCAAUGAAACUGGUCUAGUCAGUGUAUUAAUGGCCUUAUAUUUUGUAUAUCACAAUUGAAAUAAUAAAAUUAAAUUUCUAUUAAUAUAUAAAUAACAAAAAAAAAAAUAGCAUGUUAAAAAUAAAUUAUGUAUUUAAGAUUUGUAAAAAAAAAAACAAAAAAAAACUAAGGAAAGUUUAAAAAUCCAGAGCAAUUAGAAGGAAUUGUACUAUAAUAUUAUUUAAAUGAGACAUGUAUUUUUUACGUUAAAAUCAUGAUUAAAAAAAGUCGUAAAAAUUUUUAAAAUAGCCGCGAUAUUUAUAUAAAACGAAAAUAAAAAAAUCGAAAUAUUAUGUAAAAAAAAAAAUCGAAAAAAAUUGAUUUUUUUUCAUUUUUAAAUGAUAAAUGAAAUUAAAAAAAAAAACAAUUCAUAGCUAUGUACCAAAAUCAAUUAGCUCACGUCGAAAAAAUAUAAAUGAACCAAAUUUUUUA